AUGAGUGAAGUUAAACGAAGCUACAAACUAAAUGGUAUCGAGCCGUUCUAUAUUGGAGCCGCAUCAGCUACAUUUUCAUCUGAUGGCUCGGUUAUGGCUACGGCAGUUCUUGAAGAUACAAUUGUUAUCGAUCGAAUAAAUAACGAGGUACUUUACACAUUUGAAGGAGACUCAUCAGAGGUGACAGCUCUCCAGUUAUCACCAGAUGGCAGAUUUUUGGCCGUUUUAUCACAAUCUCAACAGCUUAGAGUGUUCAGCGUGGAAACCGGAUCUAUAAUAAAGUCGACAAGAUUAUCUUCUUCUUGCUAUAUUACUGCAGCUGAUCCAUCAUCCACACUUUUCAGUUUUGGCUUAACGGAUGGAAGUGUGGUUGUUUGGGAUAUAGAGGGCUCAUUUAUCACGCACAACUUGAAAGGUCAUGGAUCAACGGUCUGCUCCUUGGCAUUUUUCGGAGAGACGAACAGUAGAAAUUGGAUGUUGGCCAGUGGUGACAUCAUGGGAAUGGUAAAGGUUUGGGAUUUGGUGAAGAGAAAGUGCAUCUUUACAGAGAAUGAGCACACAUCUGCUGUUAGAGGUGUGAAUUUCAAUCAUGAUGGUUCUCGCUUUGUCAGUUCUGGAAGAGAUGGCUUGGCCAUAGUGUAUCAAACAACAAACAGAACAAAAUGGAAGGAUAUCUGUACUAUUCCAGUGGAGAUGUCGGUUGAGGCAGCUGGCUUUGUUGGAAGUAAAGAGGACAAUUAUGCAAAAGAAUACUUAUACACUGCAGGUGAAGGAUGUGUAAUGAAAGUUUGGGAUCUCGAUGAGGAAAAAUUAUACGCACAAACCAAGCCACCUUUAAAAACCACCGAAGAGCUUAUGAUGACACAAAUUAUUCCAGCUUUGGGAGAAGACGGUAUCUCUGUUUCUAGUUUAAUUGCUGUGCAGUCUGACCAGACUAUCCUAGAUUUAGAUAUUUGGACUGGACUCGAUACUGCCGGCUCGCAUAUUAUUCCAGUUACCAGAAGAAUGGCGGGUAACCACGGUACGAUUGCUGAUAUGAAAUAUGUCGGUCCUAAGGGACGAAAAUUAAUUGCUUUGGCAACAAAUUCGCCAUCUCUGAGAAUUGUCAAUCUCCGUGAAAGACCUUUCGAUAUGGAGUUGUACGAGGGACAUACGGAUCUUCUCAACAUGCUUGAUUCAACUGUUGAUGGUCUUUGGCUAGCAACUGCUUCAAAAGACAACACUGCGAGAUUGUGGAGAUUUGAUGAGGGGGAAAAUAAGUUCAAAUGCUAUGCUGUUUUCAUUGGACAUGGGGCAUCGGUUUCGGCUGUUGGACUUCCACGGACUCCAAUUAAUCAAUAUCCUCGUUUUAUCAUUACUGCAUCUGAGGAUACAACCAUUAAGAAGUGGAAGGUUCCAAAGCCGGAUGAUAGUUCGGAGGUGAAAGUGGUGAAAACCUCCGAAUAUACAAGAAAGGCACACGAGAAGGUGAUACACGCCAUUGAUAUAAGUCCAAACAAUGACUUUUUGGCCACUGCAAGUCAUGACAAAACGGCAAAGAUAUGGGAUCUUGCAUCUGGUGAAACCAUUGGAAUUCUAAGAGGUCACAAAAGACCAGUUUAUGAUAUCAGCUUCUGUGGCUAUGAUCGUCUUGUAACUACAUGCUCCGGUGAUCAGACUGCAAAAGUUUGGUCUCUCGAUGAAUUUUCAUGCCAAAGAACAUAUGAGGGGCAUUCUGGUGCCGUCCAGAGAAUUUCGUUUUUGGAUAGAAAUCAAUUCAUAAUUGGAGCAGGUGCUGAUGGUCUUAUUAAAAUUUGGUCCGUCAGCUCUGGUGAGUGUGUUCAGACACUGGAUAAUCACAACAACAGAAUUUGGGCACUUUGUGUGAAGAAUGACGGACAGGAAUUUGUCAGUGCAGAUGCUGAUGGCACUAUUUCCAUUUGGGAAGAUAAUACUGAAGAAGCCAAGCAUGAGGAGGAGGUAAACAUGAAAAAUAAGGUGGAGAAAGAGCAGGAACUUCAGAAUUAUAUUCAUAACGGUGAAUGGGUUGAGGCUUUCAAACUUGCUAUGAAAUUGAACCAUCCAAUGAGACUAUAUAAUGUUGUGAGAUCGAGCAUUGCAGCAAAUGAGGAUAAGAAAUCUGAUCUCGGGUCAUUUAAACUUGAGGAAGCCAUUACUGAACUUUCUGAUGACGAAAUAAAACAAAUGUUUGAACGGAUAAGAGAUUGGAAUACCAACAGGAGAUUUUUUGCUAUUGCACAACGUCUAAUUAAGGUCCUCUUAGUAAAGUUUAGCGCAGAGAAGUUGUCGGGAAUUCCUGGAAUGAUGAACAUAAUAGGAGCGAUUAUUCCAUAUUCUGAGAGACAUUACUCACGUUACGAUGAUCUCAUCGAGCGCAGUUACACAUUGGAUUAUGUUGCCAAGAAGAUGGAUGAAUUAGCAAACUGA